CAACGGCACCCGCCCCGGAUCUCUUUUAAGAUCAAGCGGCGCUCCCGUUGCGCCCACCCGAAUUAAGAUUCGCCGCCCCCUCCCUGGCCCCCUGCCUGCCGCCCGCCUCGCCACUCCUGCGCUUGGCAGGGACCUCCCCGCGUAGGCAAGGACAGCCGAGGCGAUGUUGACGAGGCAGGGGCUGGCUGCCUCCUCCAGAACUGUCGUCGCGGAGCCCGCCGAGCCCAGCAGCCUCACCGCGAAGCGCAGGCGGCGCUGACGCCGGGAGGGGCCGCUGCCGCUGCCGAGGGAAGCGGAGCCGGGGCUCCCCGCGCCCUGCUCCCAACUCCCACCCCUCCCGUCCCUUUUCCUUAGGCGGACCGGAUCCGCAAGCCAGCCACCCGCGUAUUUGUUAGUCGGCCGGGGACCCGCUGGCGCCUCUCUGAUGGUGCGCGACCCCGCGCAGCCCGCGUCCCUGGCAGACCCAGCGCCUGGCCUGCGGCCCGGGGAGGUCCAAAGGAGGCGCCCCGCUCUGGGCUUCGGGACUUCUCCCGUUCUGCCCCGCGCCGCCUGAUGUGUUUUCUGCAGGUGCCUCCGCCGUCUCCUUCUCCUUCACCUUCUGGGACGAGCCCACCCCCCAAGGGACCUGGCUGAGGCAACUCCCUGGGCCACGCAGGGCGGCGUCAUUCCCUCAGGCAAGUGACUGUCGCGGGGGGAGAGCGCGGGACAGGGAGAAAGACGGGCUAGAGCGCCUCGGACCACCUGUCAGAACCUGCGGAAGAUCCUGGCGCCCGUUUGGAUCGGAGCAUCUUGCCUUGGAAGGGCGCUACCCGUUUUGGAGACGCGGGCUGAAAAAGCGGGAUUUCUCUUGCACAUUACAAGAGGGGGGGAAAGCAAAGCGAGAUAUACAAAUCCGUUCUCUUCUCCACCCAGCCGACUCUGAACCUUCAGCAACGUUUCCUGCAGGGUUGCUGCACUUUCCUCCGGCUUCUCUCGGCUGCUCGGAUCAUGUCCGCUAAGCUUCUGGUGGUCUGCUUCCUCCUGUCCGUAUUCCAAGCCUGUUCAAGAAAGGUGGAAGAGGAUGACUUUGAAGAUUUCACAACAAACCAAAAAUGGGUAAUGUCUCCAAAAACCCAUGACACUGAUGUGACACUGUUGUUAAACAAGUUGCUGAGAGAAUAUGAUAAAAAGCUACGGCCAGAUAUUGGAAUGAAGCCAACUGUCAUUGAUGUUGACAUCUAUGUUAAUAGCAUUGGCCCCGUGUCAUCAAUAAAUAUGGAAUACCAAAUUGAUAUUUUUUUUGCUCAGACGUGGACUGACAGCCGUCUUCGUUUUAACAGCACCAUGAAAAAAAGUCUCACUCUCAACAGCAAUAUGGUUGGGUUAAUUUGGAUCCCAGAUACUAUUUUUAGGAAUUCGAAAACUGCGGAAGCUCACUGGAUUACUACACCCAAUCAGCUCCUGAGAAUAUGGAACGAUGGGAAAAUCUUGUAUACUUUAAGGCUUACCAUCAAUGCCGAAUGCCAGUUGCAGCUACAUAAUUUCCCUAUGGAUAAACAUUCAUGCCCGCUGAUAUUCUCCAGCUAUGGCUAUCCACAAGAAGAAAUGAUUUACAGAUGGAGAAAAAACUCAGUCGAAGCUGCAGAUCAGAAAUCUUGGAGACUUUAUCAGUUUGACUUCAUGGGACUCAGAAAUACUUCUCAUAUUGUGCAAACAUCAGCAGGUGAUUAUAUAGUCAUGACUAUAUACUUCGAUUUAAGUAGAAGAAUGGGAUACUUUACUAUUCAAACAUACAUUCCUUGUAUAUUAACUGUUGUCCUGUCCUGGGUAUCAUUUUGGAUUAAAAAAGAUGCCACACCAGCAAGAACAGCCCUAGGUAUCACCACAGUAUUAACCAUGACAACUCUGAGCACCAUUGCAAGAAAUUCCUUGCCCCGUGUUUCCUAUGUCACUGCAAUGGACCUUUUUGUGACCGUAUGCUUCUUAUUUGUCUUUGCUGCUUUGAUGGAGUACGCAACCCUCAACUACUAUUCAAGUUGCAGGAAGCCACACUGUACAAAAAAGAAAAAGUCGCUGCCUGAUGUCAGUUUUGGUCACAUGAUGAAUUAUUCCGUGUUAGAGAUGAGACCUCCCCCUACAGUCAUCGCACUGAACAAUGCCAUGUACUGGCAAGAAUUUGAAGACAAUUGUAUCUAUGAGUGCCUGGAUGGGAAAGACUGUCAGAGCUUCUUCUGCUGUUAUGAAGAAUGCAAAUCCGGGUCAUGGAGGAAAGGACGGAUACACAUAGACAUCUUAGAACUGGACUCUUAUUCCAGAGUCUUUUUCCCCACAUCGUUCCUGCUCUUUAACUUGGUGUACUGGGUUGGAUACCUCUAUCUCUAGAAACAGCAAAGAAAACUGUGUUUUUCACACUUUUUAGGGAUGGGGAAUAUAUCGAAAUACAGAUCGUGAAUGGUUUCAUUGGAAAGCCUAAAGGGCACCUUACUUUUUCUCAUCCAAGAAAAAGAAGUUUUUAUUUACUGUUUUGUCUAAAAGAAAAAAAAAAAAAAGAUAAAAUGGUCACUUCACAUCUGAGAUUUUUUGCUAAGUACACCAGACACUGUCAUGUAAAAAACCUUUAUAUUAAUUAUUCUUACACAAUGGAGAAGUUGCUGUUUUCUUUGGGUUACAGAUAACUAUGUAGCAUUCAGAUAAGCAAGAUAAGGAGGUUUCAGAUUUUCAUUCUUACGUUUCUUCUGUCCUUUAAACUUGUUCUGGGAGCAAAUUCUUAUUGGUGCAGGUUCUCCACAACAUUACUUUGAGGAGAACCUGAGUUUAAUGAAAAGUCACUUAAAUUCAUUUCAUGAAUUCAGGACGUUGUCUCUAGUCUUACUUUGAGAUGAAAAGGCAUGAUUUCAAAACAACCUUAACAUUUGUUUUUCAUAAAAUUAAUGAAUUAAGCAUUCUUUUAAUACAGAGUUUUAAUAUUCCACGAAUUGGUCAAAUACUUCAAGAAACUAAUUGAUUUCUGGAACAACACUUUUGCAAUAUGAUAAAGCUUAGUUUGCUUUUGGUACUGUGAAAGGUGACUUACUAUGUAAUAGCAGUGAUAAGGUAUGAUUCAAUCCAAGCUACAAGUUAAUUUCUUCCAUACUUUAAUAUUUGUUUUCACUGAUAUUUUUAGGGUGAAAAAAACCCCUAUAGUUCCAGCCUGAAUAAGUUCUACUGUAGCCGUGCUAACUAAAAUCCAUGUGCCUCAGUCACUGUUCUGUGUAGGUUAAAUUGCACACUGUAUUCUUGCACCUAUUGACUUGUGAACUGGAUUCCUCCAUUUAAAUGAGUGCAGAAGUGCUUGCUGUUAGUAUAUUCACACUGGUAAGCAAUCUCUGGAUUGGUACAACAGUGGCUUUUGUUCUUAGCAGAUCAGUAGGAGCCUUAAGGAUGCAGAUAGGGUUUUCUUGGCAAGAAAAUGAAAUAUUUGAAGUUCAGUUAUAACCAAUAGAAGUUAAAAAUUUAGUGAUGACAAAUCACUAGGACUUUUUUUUUAACUAGGAGAUUUUAAACUGGAAAUGAAUUUUGUACUUUUGGAACAUAUUUCAGAUAUUAAAUUCCUGAAAAUAAUACAUUCGUAUGUUGUAAAAUAUUCAUUAUAGACAAGCCCAAUUCCAGAAGGCUGAUGUAAAUGUGUCAAUAUUUAUUUAUUUACUUGAUUAUUUAUUGAUUUGAUUUUCUUACCUAGUGCAAUCAAUAUGUCUAUUGUUUAAAAAAAAGUUUGCUUUCCCCGACCCCUCUCAAACUCUAAGUAUAGCAGUACUUUUAAAAGUGUGACACUGAUACCAUCAAAUGCCUUUUUUUCCACUGUCAACCUACUUGUUCCAAAAUAUUUACACUUUAAUACUGUGCACACUUCAUAUUGUUCUUUAUAGUCUCAUUUUCUCUUGAAAUAGCAAUGACAAGAGAUUAAAGUACAGGAGCGCAAUUAAAUGGUAUAAAUAGCUUAUUCCUUCUAAGAAAUGAUAUCAAAGGUAUUGGCAGGAAAAGGGGAGUAGUAAGGAAAGUAUAAUUGUUUGGUAUUACAAUGUGCUUUAUAAGAAGAGGGCAUAAGUUUCAAUUCUAGACGUACUUCAGACAGACCUGGGAAGAAUUUCUAGCUGAACCACACAGAGAUCUGCUGUU